GCGUAAGAAUAAGUCGAUCGAAUUUUCUAAUUCGUUAAAUUCAUUGUUGAUUAAAAAAACUCACCGGUUGAAGGGUGUUCCACUGUGAAUUCAACUAGUUCAUAGAAUCAACGCUUCGAGGCCCAUCUCUAAACGUCAGUUGAUUUUCGAAAAACCAUACGUUGUCGCGAGUUUUUCGUUUAUAAAUUUUUAAUUUCGUAUCAUACCUAGUGGGUUAAUUUUAAACGUUAUAGAAUAACUAAUAAAAUGAAAACUAACAACAAAAAGAAAACUAAGAAACAAAAAUCCAAGAAAAGGCCCAUUGAAAAGAAUAAAAAAGAACGUAUUCUUGUCAUAGCACAGGAAUUCAAAUUCGCUAAAUUUCUCUCGUCUAACGAGAAGAAAACACGAGAUCGUGUAUUGAAAGCGCUAAAAAAAUGGAUACUUAAUUGCUUCGAGAAAGGAUACGAUUUCAAAGAGGAUGACUUCUUCAGAGUGUGGAAGGGCUUGUUCUAUGCUGUAUGGAUGUCGGACAAGCCGUUAAUACAGGAAGAACUAUGCGACAAUAUAGCCGGGAUAUUAGAUCUGUUCCCGCCAGAACAGAUAAAGAAUGCGCUGCUCAUGACCAAGGCUGGCUUCAAAAUGUUAGCCACUGGAUGGUAUGGAAUUGACCAACAUAGAAUUGAUAAAUUUAUGAUGCUGGUGCGUAGAUAUUUGCGUGGCAGUUUACGCUGCCUUCUACGUUGCAACUGGAGCAUAGAUAGUUGCAAUUUGUACAGUGAAAUGUUAUCUGCAGAUGAUGGUUUAUUAGCGAUUCAAACACCAUCAUAUGCUCGGAAUGCGUUAUCUAUUAUACUGCACUUCACCGAUUGUUUCCUCGAAGAAUUGGCUAAAGUAUCACAAGGUAAGAUCCCCGAUGAGAGUUUAGUAUGCUUGCUGCGGCCGUACUUCCGGCUGGUGUGCGCCGGCGAGGCGGCGGCGGCGAACGCUGCGCGUGCCCUCCUCACCGCCUUACUGCGACAGUCGGACCUCGGCCUGCAGUACUCGGCGAAGGAACAAGCUUGGCAACAGAUGGGUUGUCCGGCAGGCGGGCCGGAUGCGUUGGAGAUGGUGAUCGAUGAAGAUGAUGAGGAUAAUGAUGAAAAUGACGAUGAUGAUAAAUCUGAAAAAGCCCCAGUGUUGGACCCUCGCGCGGGCAAAGUGGACGUGGAGCUGCCGCUGCUGGGAGUGCCGGGCGCGCUGCUGGCGGCGGAGCUGCGCCGGCUGGCCGACACCCUCUGCCGUACAUCUAAAGCAUAUAAAAGAGCUAAAACAUGCAUAGAACGUUUCGAGCAACUAAGCAACAAUGUGUACCCGCUGCGAAUCAAAGACACGGAUUUUAUGGAGGAUGUGGAGGAUGCUGCGCUGCCUGAACUCUCGGAGGCAGCUGAGCAAUUAAAAGACUUGGAGAAAAGACUUGUCACCUCCGCUGAUGAACUGGCACUACGAGGUUUGAGUCGUAAACAUCGAAAACGUCUCUUAGCAAAAAGUCGCGCUGGACUGAGUAUAGUCGAGGAUGUAAAAUCAGUCGAAGAGCCAGUGGAGGCUACUAAUGGAGAUUGGAAUAUAGAAGAAACAAAGUCCGAUUAUAAAGAAAAGAAAGAAAAUAACACAUUAAAUAAAAAACCUGCAAAUAAAAAGAGGCCAAACAAGAAGCGAAAACUGGAAGAGCAAAAAGUAGAAAAUGUCAAGAAAACGAAAAUUGACAAAAAAGAACAACAAGCACAAAAGCCAUCUGAUACGAAAAAGGGGGUAAUAAAACUUAAUGGAGCUGUCAAAGAGAAACAAAAACUAAGAAGAGAUAAUAAGAAAAUAGAACCUAAUAAAGAGAAAAGUAAAGACAAGACGCAAGUAGCUGUAGUAAAGAAAAAAGAUAAUUUAAUUAAUAAGGAAAAUAGUAAAAAUGCAAAAACAACAGACAAAAAAGACAAGAAAAAUACAGAAACGCAAAAAGUAAUAGAAAAGCCUCCAUCGAAACCUACAAAAGCAACAUUAGUAGUAAACAAAGUAAAAAACAACAAAACUAAAAUAUCACCGAAAGGUGCAAAAUCAAUCAACGCGAAACUAUCAUUAAAUACUCCGAAGAAAGUUAAAUUUGUUUUAAAAAAUAACGGAGCCCAAGCACCUGUGGAUUAUUACAAAAGUGUAAGACAGAGUCCGAACAUACCUUUUGACAGCAGCAAGCAGCCGACAAAAACUAACCUCAAACCUUCAACACCGUCACCCAUCAAUCCAUUCUUUAAAAAGAAAUUAAGAUUAACAAAAGUAUGAAAUUAAGAUGACAUGAAAGUGGAACAUGACAGUUAUUGCUCAAAUAAAAGCUGUUGGACCAAUUGUCUUAUGGGAAAACCCAAAUGGAUUUUGGCUGAAUGGUCUAACGGGAAACAAAGUAUAGUUGACUGUCAAAUUGCGUCAGUUUUCACGGCAGAAGCAUUAUGAAAGAAAAAAUAACCAAUUUAACUUUUUUGUCCAAUUGUAGACAAUGUCAAUAAUAUUUGAACAAUGUGGUUCCUAGUUAUUUCAUUUUUAAUGUUCUAAGCUUUUAGUCCGAGAUUUGUUUUAGCUAAAAUAUUUCAAAUAAAUAUGAAAUGUAAAUGUUUGCUAAUACUAUUAAAAAUACCAAACUAAGAAAUUAGUUGAAUUUAAAUUAUUAAUAUGGUAGUUUUGCUAGAUUAGAAUAAUCAAGUAUUUUAUAUUAUCAUUGAGUUAAUGUAUUUUCAUCGAAAUAUUUUUAUUAAGCUUCCAUCCAAAGGCAGUGUAACAAUGCAAUUUGUAAUGUUCAUGUUCUAAUGCUUCUGAAGUAAGUUCUAUUGAGAUAGAAUAACAUUUAAAUGUAGCAAAUAAUGUUUGUUUUCCUGUCACAUUACGUGUUAUUACAGUUUUAGCUGAAUUGUUAUAAAGUUAAAGUUUUGUAAUAAAUCUAAAUAAUUA